AAAGAAGCUAGUACCGUGCUUUACUGUGUCAUUCAAGGCAGGCAGACGUAAUUAUAGGCAGCUAAGUGCUAUCCUUCAGUCUUCAAAAGGCAUUGGUCUGCUAUUUCGUAUUCACAGUAUGACAGCUGAGGAUAGUCUUCCAAAAAGGGAAAAUUAAGAUAAUAAAUAGAAUAGUAAUAUCAGCAAGGAGACUAUAGAGAACUUCUUGUAAUCCAGCAGCUUUGAAUCUCCGCUGAUGUAUGAAGUCCCAGAGCACCAAGGCAGCAGCACAGACAGUUCGGGAAGCAGUUUGGGAAGCUCUGUGACAGCAUGUAAGAAGAUUCUCUGCAGUAACAGUCUGCUCGAGUCAACAGACUACUGGCUGCAGAAUCAGAGGACACCGUGCCAAAUCGGCUUUCUGGAAGACAAGUCAGAAAGCAACUGUGCCUCAGUUUGUUUUGUGAAUUUAGAUGCAAACAGAGAUGAUUGCAGUGACGAGCAAGUGAAACAGAGAUUGAUCGGCGUCUCUCCAAAUCUCCCCAAACUUAUCAGUUCCAUGAACGUACAACCACCAAAGGAAAAUGAAAUAGUCCUGCUGAGUGGAUUAACAUCAGGAAAUCUUCCGGCUGAUUAUGAAGUUCCCCAGUGUCCUUGGCUGGCAGAUGUCUGCUUGGUUCAGUGUGCAAGGGGGGACAGGAAAAACAGCACAAGCUGCAUCAUCUUUGAAAUAAACAAGUUUCUGAUUGGACUUGAGCUUGUGCAGGAGAGACAGCUGCAGAUAGAAGCUAAUGUCUUAAAGCCCGAGGAUGAUACAAACUGUUCAGUGUCCUCAAUAGAAGAAGAUUUCCUCACAGCAUCUGAGCACCUCGAAGAUGAAAACGAGGCUGAUGAAUAUAAAACCGGUCAUGAAAAAUUAAGCCUUUCUGAACUUUCUUCAGAUCUCAAAAAAAAUAAAGGAAAGGGAUUUGAAAAUCCCCACUACAGAAGAGCCAGGUUGCCAUUUGUUCUUGAUGGGAACUGCAUUAAUAAAGAUAACACAGCUACUAGGGUCUCUGAAGCUGUGAAUGUUGUGGCUGAAGACAGCAGCUUACAACUUGAAGAUAAGUCAGCCCAGGAAAUACCCUGGCAGAAGGAAUUAGCUGGAAGAGCUACAUCAUCCCUCAGUACUAAUGAUUUGCCUGGCAAGGUCGGAAAUUCCUGCUCAGUGCAUGUGUUAGAAGAUGUAUCUUUAACCGAAAUGGCUAAAGAAGAACUGGGGCCUCUGUAUGACCCAAAAGCAAAACACGACAGUAACACAGAUGUGGAGAAUGGUACAGGUAUUAGGAAAGCUGAUCUGCCCUUGCAAAACGAGCAAGCGACAACAGGUCAGUAUGCCACAAAUUUAGCAGAAUCUGUUCUGCAAGAUGCAUUUAUUAGACUGUCACAGUCUCAACCCGCUUUCACUGACGAGGCUGCUGUUAGCAUCUCCGUUGGAAGCUCCUGUAAGACAGAAGAUACAACAGCUUCCCGAUCGUGGAAUGAACUUCCGAAGAUCGUCAUAGUGCAAAGUCCAGAUAGCUGUGAGAAUGUAUCAGAAUGGCCAGGAUCUGCGUUCCCAAAUCUGUGCCACUGGACUGAAUCAGAAAGUUCUGCUGAAGUUUCAGACUACUUUGAGGAGGAACAUUCAAACGAACACCCCCAGAGCGCAUUGGAAGUGGCUCUAGCCUGUGCAGCCACAGUUAUUGGAACCAUUUCAAGUCCCCAAGCUGCAGAGAAAUUCAGAAGAGAUCAAGAAGCCACAGACUCUAAAAGCAGAGCAGUUGAUAACGAAGUGCUACAGACAGCGUCUUCACAGGUACUUGAUGACUGUGCUGGCACAGAAUAUUCAUUUCCAUCUGCACUGUGUGGCAUGACUCAAGUAGCAAGUGCUGUAGCAGUCUGUGGUCUGGGGGAAACAAAGGAAGAAAAGUACCCUGCAACUUCAAGUGGACUUCUGUCUGCUGCUCAGACUUCUGCAGCUAUUAGUCUUCGCUGUAGCAUAGCUAUAGGAAGCAGCAUGGAGAAGUUGAAUGAUAGCAUUGCGGAGGCACUUCUCAAAGAGGCAUCAGUAAUUUUGACAAAGCCCAAUACAUACAAAAACGUAGGGCAUUUUAUGGAGUCCAUAAAUGGAAGAAUCAUUGAAACAGCAGCAAGGCCACGGAUUCCACAUUCUGAUGAAGUUAUCAGGGAUGAACUUGCACAAAACUUAUCCAACAUUAUUCUACGACAUUCUGUAGAAGAGGUUAGGAAGAAGAGACAGUUACACCCCCAUUCAGAAAACGGCUCAAGUACACAAGACAUUUUCAUGGAGACUGCAAAUGAGUUGCUUUUUAAUGUGAUAUAUUUCACUUGCAAGAAGAUGAAUGAUAUAAGACAUGCUGAUGAGUGUUCCCCUUUCCUCUCUGAGGGCGCAAAAGCAGAGAAAGUAACAAUAGGAGAAGGAUGGUCAACACAGGCAACACCACAUGAAACAUCAUGCAGACCCCUUGAUCACUCUGCUAGGAAGCCAAUGCAUACCUCUGACAGUGCAAGUGCUAGCGAAGAUCUUGCAAAUGUCACAAGCACUAGCAGAAGUAAUAUGAGAGAUGUAAAUAGCAGGGAAAGCGUCCCACUGUAUUCAGGACCAACAAGUAGAGCUACUGGGCAUAAUGCACUUGUUGCAAAAACAUCUCCCAAGAAGAGAUAUUUGAAAAGAACCACACGAGACUGUUACAAAUCUCCAAAUCAGAGUAACAGUCAAAAGAAGAAAGACUACAGAUCGUUUUCAGACAGAGAAAAUGCCUUUACAGACAAUGAAUGCAAGCACGGCGUCCAAGAACGACUGUCUUCUGAUGCCGCUGUAAAUGCGGGAAACCAGGCCAAGCAUAAGCAUGAUGCUGUGCUAAAUAAUGAUGUCCAAGUUAGCUUGUCUUUAUUAGGAAACCAUGUCUUGCUUCCUUCUCAGCCUGUGCUACAGGUAAAACAUUCAAGGGACAAAUAUUGUAUAACAGAUUUUGCAGAAGAAUUGGCAGAAACAGUGGUCUCUAUGGCAACAGAAAUAGCUGCCAUUUGUCUUGAAAACUCAAAUGGAAAGCAACCCUGGUUCUGUGCAUGGAAAAGAGGCAAUGAAUAUCUGGUCACCCAGAGUUUAUCAUGCCGAACCAUAAAAAGGAAAAAGGAAACCCAGACUAAUGGUUCGGUUGUUCGGAAGCACAGGGCACCUAGACUUAGCGAGAUCAAAAGGAAAACAGAUGAGCAUCCUGAGCUAAAAGAAAGACUGAUGAAUCGGGUAGUGGAUGAAUCUAUAAACCUUGAGGAUACACCAGAUUCUGUCAGUGUCUUUGCAAAUGAAGUGGCUGCCAAGAUCAUGAACCUCACCGAACUCUCUGUGGUUGAUAGCAUCUGGCAAGGUCCAAACCAUCCCAGGAGCAGGCUGCACUGUGAAAGAUGGAGCCGAGGCAAGGCAUCGAGUUGCGAGAGCAUACCAGAGGAAGAUGCGGAUUCCAAAGGCUCUCUCCAUACCCUAGGCCUGAUGAACGCUCUUGGUCAGCCUGUGAGCCAGACAAGUUCUGUCUCUAAGCAGUCUAGCUGUGAAAGCAUUACAGAUGAAUUUUCAAGAUUUAUGGUGAACCAGAUGGAAAAUGAAGGAAGAGGCUUUGAUUUGUUACUGGAUUACUAUGCAGGAAAAAAUGCAAACAACAUCUUAACUUCUGCUUUGCAACAGGUAGCCAAGAAGAAUAGUCAUCUUAAUGUAAAACCAAGUUGCCCAUCCAAACAGUCCAGCACAGAAAGCAUAACAGAAGAAUUUUAUAGGUAUAUGCUGAGAGAAAUAGAAAAGGAAAACAAAGAUAAUGCCUCUUCCCCUCGGAAUUCAAAGGACUGGUGUGGCAGUUUGCUGCCACCCUCUCUACGAACACCUUUCUGUUUUAGGCAGUCCUCCAUGCCUGACAGCAGGUCAUCAUGCUCUAGACUAACAGUAAAUACCCCAGUUAAAGCAAACUCAUUAGAUGGAUUUGCCCGCCAUCACCAGGAUUCCUUAAGCGUACAGCCAGUCAGUACCGUGGCUUCUUCAGGUCUUUGCAAGUCUGACUCAUGCCUGUACCAAAGAUGCAAGACUGACCAAAUAACAGAUAUGCUGAUUCAUGAGACAUGGGCAAACUCUAUUGAAUCGCUAAUGCGUAAAAACAAAAUUAUAGCAGAUGAGGCAGAGGUUGCAGAGGCAGAUCAGUUUCACAGUGAUUCUCCACCACACGUGGAACAAUACGCAAACAGACUGGCUGCAAAUAUCGUGGAAAGUGGUAAAAAUUUCAUUGUUGUCCAGCAGGAUUCCUUUGAUCACAUGAGCCGAGAACCUGUGCUGGAAAGCAAGCAUCGCCAGAGCGCAGCUCAGAUUCAAUCAAAACCCAAAGGGGAGGGAGUAAGUUUGAGUGAGAAAAAAGAGCUUAUUAAGAGCCCUGGAUCCCUCCCUGCAAGUCAGCACCGGGAAGUGCCAUUAAUUCAAAUAGAAACUGAUCAGCGAGAUGAGCCAGAAGAGGCCUUAACUUCAUGUGGCCCUUCUGAAAAGGAGCAUCUAAGCAAAGAAAAGCCUCCAGAAGCACAUGCUGGGAAGCACGCGGUUUCCAGUUCCCUACUAAAUAGCAGCAGUACUCAGAGCAGACCAGAUGCUGAAAUCGUAGCAGAGGCAAAAACAGCUGAAGAAUUUCCAACCCAUCUCAGCAGCAGUGAGGAAAGCACUGGCAGCUGGUCCCAGCUAGCUAACGACGAGGACAAUCCUGAUGACACAAGUAGCUACCUGCAACUCAGCGAGAGAUCCCUGAGCAAUGGCAACAGCAGUACAACUAGCAGUCUUGGCAUUAUGGACCUGGAAAUUUAUCAGGAGAACAUGCCAUCUUCUCCUAUGAUUAAUGAAUUAGUAGAAGAAAAGGUUUUCCUUAAAGAACAGACAGAAAAUAUAGAGGAAAGUACUUCUGGGCUCUCAGUGGGAACAGCCAAUUGUCAGAAGGACCUACUAGUGAUAAACUUUGAUCUGGAACCGGAACGCCCUGAUGCAGAGCUGCGAGCCACUCUUCAGUGGAUAGCUGCUUCUGAGCUUGGAAUUCCAACCAUCUAUUUUAAGAAGUCUCAGGAAAACAGAAUUGAAAAGUUUUUAGAUGUUGUGCAAUUAGUUCAACGGAAGUCCUGGAAAGUGGGGGAUAUCUUUCAUGCUGUGGUGCAGUACUGCAAGCUCAGUGAGGAAGGCAGAGAGAUGACACCAAGCCUGUUUGAUUGGCUUCUCGAAUUGGGUUAAGAAAAUUGACCUGUUCAGCAUUUUUGUUUAAAUCCAGUUUAAAUAAGCAGUGGUUUGUGUAACGCUCUGAUUUCCAAACAUCACUGAAUAAAACAAGCAAAGAUAUACAAAGUCUACAGAAACAGCACACAUCUGUUCCACAACUACACACUGAGCAAAGUGAAACCAAGGUAUAUCGUAUCUUUUGUAUCAUGAGGGACUCUUGACAUUGUGCUAUAGAAUGUACUGUAUGAGAAAGGGAUGAAAUUUAGCCUUUUGAAUUAUUGCACUAUACAGUAAAGGCUUAAUUUAAUAUUUAAUGUGUCCAAUUUCAUCAAUUGGAUUAAAUCAACCAGCUGAAAUUUAAUAGUACACUAAAAUUCAGUUUUAAAACACCAGUCUUUGUACAGCCUAACUAUUAGAACAUGAAUGUCUUCCAGGAUGCCUAGGAAGACUUAGGUCCCUAGAUCAGUAAUACAAAAAUACAUAAUUUUUAAGCCCUGCAGUCUUCUAAGGGGUAAAAAUUUUGAACUCUUAAGAUGCUUGCAGUUAGACAACACAAUAACACGUGAUAUAAAACGUGAAAAAACGUUUCAGUUCUUUCCAUGUGAUUCUCUUCCAUAGCUGUUCCCCAUUCCUUUCUUUUUCUCAAGAAACCAAAUUUAAAUGAAAAAGACUCUCAAGUAUUACCCUUCAGAAAUGUGGAUUCCUUUUCUCUUGGAGGCAGUGCAAUUUAGGAUAGCUGCAAGUGGUAGAUCCCAGAGCACAGCUCUGGGGAUUGGGAGAGCUGGAUUCUGAUUCCCGUUCCACCACGGUCCUGCUACGUGACCCCGGGCAAGUCAGUUCACCUCUGUGCCUCAGUGUCCCUAUCUGGUAAGAGGGAGUAACGAUAGUAAAUUGUUAUAUAAAAGUGCUUCUAUGUUAAGCACUAUGUGUUGGUUAAAAGCACUGGAAAAAUAAAUACUAUUUUAAUUUCAGUUUAAUCAAAUAAAUUGUUAAUAAGAGAAGAUGAAUAAAUAUCUAAAAGAGAAUUGUGUUGGCAUAAAUAAGAACCUUAGCAAUGUUAGUUUUUAUAACUUACAAGAAAACAAAAUGAUUGUUAAAAUCUUGCAGCACAUAUAAUUGUUCAUUUUGAAUAUAAAUGUUUGGGUUAUAUAUGAUAGUUCACGUUACCGUAGCAUUUAUAUAACUAUUUGAUAAGAUAUAACUAUGGUAUCUUGUUGAGAUGAUGUUAGUAUCAUGCACUUAAUGAUGCAUUCUUUUGACUCUGCCAAAGAGAUUGGUUUUGAAUUUAACGAUAAAUAUAACUUAUCACAUCAGAGCUCUUCUGUGAUUUGUUUCUUUGAAAAUGUAUUUAUCUUUUGUCUCUACGCACCCAUGCAAUAGAAAAUCUGGCUGCCUUUCCCAAUAAAUAUUUAAGAGAUGUUUUAUUUUCCAUACAACAGUAUAUGCUUCUGUAAUAUUUCUUGAAAAAAAACUAUCCUUUUGCACUAAAUAUUUUUGAAGAUUUUGAAGUAGUUUUAAAUAAUUUAUGAAAAAAGAGCCAUAUUCUCAAUUUUGUCAUUAAACCCACUCCUAAACUUGCACGAUUUCCUCAAACUCAUUUUUUAAGAAAUGCAAACCAUCAGUGAAUCAAAAAUCUAACACAGAAGAUGAAAUAACACGGCUAAUUCUACAUCUGCUCUGCAGCAUAUACAAAACAACGAAGGUCACUUUACUGUCAAGACAAAGGUCAACUUAUUGUAUACACUAAAGGUAACCAUGCAGUCACGGGGCCUAUUCCUAAGAACUGCUGAAUACCCAUAACUCCCACUAACACGAGUGGUAACUCUGAGUGCUCGGCAUUUCUGAGGCUGAAACUUAAUAAAAAGCACGAAGCGUUAUAGACUGAAAGUGCUUUAUUUGAGUUAAUAAAUGGGAAAGUGUAUUUAUUUUUAAACCGAAUCUAGUUAGCGGUCAGUAUACAAAUUUUUGCUGUGAUAGACUAAAUGUUUACUUAUCCUACAAAGCACAAAUAUCAUGACUGAGUUGUAACAGUGUGAUGCAGUUCCUCUGUACAGUAGUUCUUAAUGUUGCCAUUUAUUCAGAAAUAAAUUUAUGUUAUAACGUGUGUCCUCUUUGUCUUUC